GCGGAGGAGGAGGAGGCGGAGGAGGAGGAGAAAAACGUCAUAGAAUUCAGUCUUUCCGCGGUCGGCAGGCGCCUCCCCUUGGACACCCAGGGCCGGCAGCAGUGCCCGGAGGGCCCUGCCAUGUCGGAGACGGGGUGCUUCGCCGCCCGCGGCAGCGACUCCGCCGCGCCUUCGAAUGGACGCACCAAGAUUGCGAACUGCUCGCCCUGCAUGAGCCGGGAGCAGUGGCUGGAGUCCGAGGUCAGCAGAUUACGGAACGAACUGCGGCAGAAGGAGAAGGACGCCGCGGAGAAGUCGCAGCGCGCCGCCGCCGCCGCCGCCGCCUCCGCCGACUCCGGAGGUUCCGAGGCGCUGGACGCGAAGCAAGUCAAUUUCGUCGUCGAUGGGAGCCCAGGUGAUCCGACUCCUUCGUCGAAGGCGAACGUGGAGGACUACCGCGAGGACAUCUCCGCGGUGAUGCGCGAGGAGAGCGCCGGCGUCAAGGAGACCGCAAAGGUAGGGAACAAGGUCAGAAAGACACCGUCGGAGAGGUUCAUGAACAUGUCUUCCUAUUUCAUGCGAGAUGGCAUCCUCGACCGCUCCAGCCUGGCCAAUUCGGUCCUCGGCUUCCAGAAGCCCAUGGCGGUCGCCAUGUAUGCCGUCGCCUUCGCUGGCAUAGUGUUUGUCCUCAUUUCCCAGGCUAAGCACCUGGGCGCGGACGACGGCCACGGCGCCGCCACGACCACGACGUGCGGAGCGACGGAGGUGGACGACCACGCAGGUGAUGCCCAUCGAAGGCUCUAUGGCGCUCAAGGCCGGCGGCUCGGAGGUGACGCCCCAGACCUGAUCAUCUACAUCGCGUUCGUCCUCACGGCUUCGGGCCUCAUCGCGCUCAUCUUGAACGCAGUGGGGUUGCCGCUGAUAUUGGGUUACAUUCUGGGCGGCGUCCUCGUUGGGCCCGAGGUGCUCGAGAUCGUGCCGCGGGACGGCCAGACGAACAUGGAGCAAGCGGCCUCCCUGGGCCUGAUCUUCUUGCUCUUCAUGAUCGGUCUGGAGCUCGACGUCAAGGAGACUGCGAUCCGCCAGGUCGUCCUGUGCACUGGAUUUUUUCAGUACCCCGUCUGCUUCGGCAUUAUGUGGGGCAUCUGCGCAGGCUUCGGGAACGAGCUGUGGGGCGGCACGGCGGAUUAUCCUCUGGCCGCGAUGUACUGCGGCAUGGUGUGUGGGAUCUCCUCGACCAUGAUCGUCGUAAAGGCUUUGUCCGAGAAGUUCGAGACGGACACCCAGUCGGGCAGACUGACCAUCGGCAUUCUGAUCUUCCAGGACAUCUGGGCCAUCGUCGUGCUGGCAGUGCAGCCCAAGCUCGACAGUCCCGAAAUCGUUCCGAUUCUCAUCACGUUCGCCAAGAUGGCGAUCCUCCUGGCCAUCUCCCUGACCUACGCCAAGUUUGUGAUGCCCGCCGUGCUCUUCUACGCCUCCAAGAGCGUGGAGCUGAUGCUCGUGCUGUCCCUCGCGUGGUGCUUCUUCAUCGGCUGCAUCGCCAUCCAGCCGUACAUGGGGCUCAGCUUUGAGCUCGCCUCGCUCAUCGCCGGCGUGGCGCUGGCGACGUUCCCCUACAGCGCGGAGUUCAAUGGCAAGAUCAAGUUCAUCAGGGACUUUUUCAUCACGCUCUUCUUCGCCCAGCUGGGCAUGCAGAUCCCGGUGCCAGCAAUCCUGCCGAUCAUGACCGCCGUGCUGAUGGUCCGGCUCGGCGCCGAGGCCAUUUGGCAUCUACUUGAUUUCGAGAAUCAUGGGGGCCGAUGCGCAGCUUGCGUCUCUGGCCACGCUGAACCUGUCGCAGAUCAGCGAGUUCGCGCUCGUGAUCUGCAGCCUGGGGAAAAAAUAUUGCCACAUCCAGAACGAGACCCUGACAAUCAUCAUUUGGACGUUCGCGCUGCUCGCCAUCCAGGCCACCUUCAUUAUCGAAAACAAUGCCAGGAUCUACAGGUUCCUGGCGCGGCAGUGCCGGAGGUUGGUCGGCAGGGCUGCGCCGAUGGAUGA